CAUUCAGGGCUUCGCCGUGAUAUGAGCAGUCUUCCUUCGUUUUGCAGUCUAAAUCUGAUUUUUGUCGUCGACUGAUGGAUCGAUAUCUUAAGUUUUUGAUUGGCAUUGAGGGUGGUUGUCUGUAGCGUCAAUUAGUCAUUGUAAUGCUAUCCUUUUGUUCUUUUGUAUUCUAUGGAUGGUAAAUUGACUUUUAUGCCGGAAAACAACUCGGUCGCGACAAGUGCUGGGCUCCCGUGGAUUAUACUUCCCAUGGCUGUGACGUAAUUUAUUCACUAUAUCGAUUUGUGGUCAUCUGUUUUCAACGUCAAUAGGCUAAUGUACUCUGAAGUUAUAAUUCUGGUUUAGCAGUUUGCUUUUUAUUCCGUUAUGUGACUGAAUUCUUUUAUCCAUUGCCAAUCCUUUCUCUUUUUCGCUCUAGUUGGUGUUUUUGUUUUGUUUUGCAGUCCAAAUUGUGAUUUCUCCUAAGACGGUGUUAGACAUCCAAGUAUCUUAAUUACAGAUUGCACAAACAGCAGGGUGACCUAAAAGCGCAGAUUCAUCUUCACUGAUUCAGAUGUUGUACCACGAGCUAUUUUAGAUUUAAUCGUAGCAUGUCUCAUAAACUGAAAAUGUGAAAGAUAUGUAAGUGACUCAUUCGAUUUAUUGGGACCCUGAAGUGCCUUUUGCAUUAUCGCCGAGCACCUGAAUUGUGGUCAACAAGAAUUGAAAAGAACUAAGCUGCAGUAGCCACUGAAUAAAUAUGACUUUCUUUUCAUUGACAGACCAGUGUUGAUUUCUAUUUUAAUCGUAUCUCAUUUUAUGGCCAAAUUUGACGUGAACUAUUUCGAGCCUAGGCUUCAAACAUUUGACGUGUUGCGCUCGUUCGAAUUGUAAUGGAUUAAAUCCGCCUCUCUUUGGCAAAAUUCAGAUGUUUAUUAAAUUUAAUUCGUGUUACCAGGCUUUGUUUUGUUUUGGCUUUACCUGUUACAUUGUUGAUUACCUUUUCCACAGUCUGAAAUUUAUUAAACAACGUAGAAAUACAGAGUUUAGACCACGCUUUGUUGAAUUGUAAGUUGUGUACUUGAGUUCACUGCUAGACACGGGAGGACGGCUAGUGCACCCCGUGUACAGUUUGUGAACAGAAUAAUUUGGGAAAUAAUUGCGCCACUGGAAAGGACGUUUCAAUUCCUUUGUAUAUUUGCUAAGAAUCAGAUCAUAGAAAAUUUCACUUUAAUACUAAAAGAGGAUUAGCCGCUGAUUCGUUUCCGCUUUUUCAAGUCUUUUCCUGUUUUCUGACCAAUUGGUUUCUGAUUUUGGCAGUUACUCUGUCAGAAGAAACGCUACGCUUUUCUCUUGUUUCAGCAAGUAGCACAAAACCAAUAUCGCGAUUUCAUUUCAAGUCUUUUAUUUAAUUGUUUUUAUCGCCGUUUCCCUUUUAUUUUUCUCUCGCCAUUUUCCAAAUUUAAUCUGAUCCGUCUCUUUACUUUCAGAAAUUUGUUUGAAAAGGUGCAACAAGCAAAGACAUUCUAAUCGCCGUGUGGCAUUUUCCUCUUCGCAACAAAGACAAGCUUUUCAUGAAGUCACAUGGGAAAUGCACCUUACCUACGGCCAACGAGAUAUUAAACAAUAAAAGCAUUUACAACGACACAUAAUCAAUUAGCAUAUAUUAGAUAGAACCGCCGGAUUUAUUACAUACCAGCCUUAACAGUGAUGAAGAUUCGACACUCGGCCCUAAUAGGGUCUGUAUUCAGCUGCUGCAAAGAUACAGGAGCUGACAAAAUAGACGGGGGAAUAGAGCACAACCCGAGAAGACAGUCCCGCUCGGGCAGUCUGGGUGGAUUGUUGGAUGGGUCUAAGAUGUCGGCUGGUGCUACUCUGGUGAUUGGGGAUCCUAUUUCCCAACCCAAGAGUGGAGACGCCAUGUUGUUGAGUAGCCAAGUGGCAGAUACGGAGCCGAUGCCGUCUGAGGACGAAGUAGAGGAGAGGUUUGCGUCCAUUCUAGACGAAGUGGGAACCACUAAAGAGGCGAGACAGAGGAUGCUGGGACUGCCCACGAACAAGAAGUGGGAGUUGUAUCUGCAGAUGCGCGAACAGGAAAGCAGUGGAAAUAAAGACCAUCCCGAAGUGUACAUCUCAAGGCUGAACAUGUUCAACAGACAAGUCACUCUCUUCGAUGACGACAUCGAGGAGAAGCGCAAGUUCUUUGAGCGACUCAAGACUGCUCUCAGAACCUCAUCCACUAGUUUCGUGCUCCAGUUCCUAGAAAAGGACGGACUCAUCAGUCUCAUGACCUUCUUGCAGUCCAUGGACUCAAUUAUGAAAUCAAGUGCAGUACAUACUUUAAUAUUGGGCUGCAUAAAAGCAAUUAUGAAUGUCCCAGAAGGUCGCAAACGAGUCCUGGAAAAUCAGAAAGCAGUUAAUAUUGUAUCGCAAGCGAUAAUUGUACCCAAUCUAAGAACCAAAACUUCAGCAUUGGAGCUUUUGGGAGCGCUUUGUCUAGUCCCAGGCGGACACAGGAAAGUGUUAAUUGCCAUGAAUUAUCUAGCUCAGUACGCCAAUGAGCGUGUUAGAUUCCAAUCCCUAAUUAGCGAUUUGUGUAAACAGGACGAAGCUGUAGACCAGGACUUACAUUACAAAACGGCAGUUCUAUCAUUUAUUAACGCUGCUUUGAAGUAUGGAGCUGGGGAUAACAGUCUGGAGUUCAGACUGCACCUUAGAUACGAGUUUCUCAUGCUUGGUUUGACCCCAGUACUAGAAAGCUUGAGAGAACUAGAAAGUGAGUCUAUUUUGAAACACAUCGAAUUCUUCGAGAGGUUCAGACUUGACGACGAAGAAGCGAUUGCCAAAAGGUUUCAAGUUGAUCACAUCGACUGUAAAGACGAAGAAGCGAUGCUAAGCGUGAUCAGAAACAAAUUGUACGCCUCUGAAGCAUAUCCUGAUUUCCUUUCGCUUAUGAUGCACCUGUGCCUGAUGCCUUUCGGAAGUGCAAGAAAUGUUUGCUACUGGAGAAUACUUAGCAAGUUCACGCAACAAAUUGUUCUACAAAAAGAAGACGGCUCCAAUCCGGAUAUCGAAGUUGCCAAAAUGAACUUCGCGGACCUUUUGGACCAUCUGAAGGCAGAAAUUGGCGAAUCGACGUUGGAAAAGAGAAUCAAAGAUCUUCAAUCGCAGUGCGAUGAACUGAAGAUAGCUUUAAAAGAAGCUGACGAGAUGAAAGGAACGGGAAAAGCGACAACUCCGGUAGUUGGAUGUUCAUGUGGAGGAUCCGGAAAAUCAGAAGCUGCACCAACUACACCAGGUCCGCCUCCUCCGCCACCUGCGCCGGUCGGAGCACCGGCUCCACCACCACCACCUCCACCUAUCAAAGGUGGGGGACCGUCGCCCCCUCCGCCUCCAGUUCCGGGGCUUGGACCUCCAGGAGGACCACCAGCACCACCUCCUCCGGGCGGUUUCGGCAUCGCAGCACCUCGACAGAAAAAUAUCCCCAAGUCUGCAAAUCCUCUGAAGUCACUAAAUUGGUCGAAAAUUCCAGAAAACAAAAUAUCGGGAACUAUUUGGUCGGAAGUCAACGAUGAGAAAGUGUUUAAAACUUUAGACCUCGCUGAUUUUGAACGACAGUUCUCGGCGUUCCAGAAACCAGAUGAAGAUUUCCUUACAGAACGUAAGUUUAUGACAACGAAAAGUAAAGAAUUGUCACUUAUCGAUGGUCGCAGGUCACAGAACUGUAUCAUACUGCUUUCCAAAUUGAAACUCACAAAUGAUGAACUACUAGUAGUAAUUCUAAAAAUGGAUACAGAUAAUCAGAUUCCUAAUGACUUGCUGGAUGAAAUUCUUAAGUAUACGCCAACAAAUGAGGAAAUAUCACUACUUCAAGAUCACAAAUCACAGUACUCUGAAAUGGCAAGGGCAGAUCAGUACUUUUUUGAUUUGGGUCAGUUAGGUCACUGUAACGAAAGAUUGGCGUGUUUGGUGUUCAAAAAACGAUUCUUCGAACGUGUAAAGGAAAUCACACCUAAUCUGGAUUACGUAAUAGAAAGCUCAAAGCGAAUCAGAUUCAGUAAGAAGCUGCAGAAGUUUCUUGAAUAUAUCCUAGCUUUCGGAAACUACAUGAACAAAGGUGCUAGAGGAAAUGCCUACGGGUUCAAACUUGAAGGUCUAACAAAGGUAGUUGAUACUAAGUCAAGUAUAGACAAAUCAGUCACUUUAUUGCAUUACAUAAUCGAUGUGUGUGGCAAAAAAUCUCCCGAAAUUCUCGAUCUAUCACAGGAACUGCAGAGUGUAAAGAAAGCUUCGAAAGUACAUCUAACAGAACUAGAAAAGGAGAUGAACUCACUGCGCGGUGGAAUCAAACAAGCUGAAAAAGAGUUGGAGUACCACAAGAAGAACCCAAGCAAAAAUAGCCAAGAUAAGUUUGUGAGUGAAGUGUCCAUCUUUUUGGACAGCGCUCAUCAACAAUUUGGAGAAUUGGAAGACAAAAUGAAAGAAGCCCAGGAAAAGUUCAAAAAAGCAGUCAAACAUUUCGGAGAAGACCCUUCGAAGCUAACUUCAGAUACCUUUUUCACAAUUUUUGAUACCUUUUUGCAAAACUUUGAGGAAGUACAAGCCGAUCUCGUACGUCGCAAGCAAAGAGCCGAGGAUGAUUUGAAGCAAGUUGAACAAAGAGAAAAGCAAGCCGCGUUGAGUCGCAACAGAGCUUCGAGUUCAGUGGCGAAAACCAAAGGCGCUGGUGGUGGUAGUGAUAUGAACAAAAGUGGAGAGUUCGAUGACCUUAUUUCAGCUUUGCAAAGUGGAGAUGUGUUCAUGGAAGACCUAAACAAAAUGAAAAGAGGAGGCGGGAGGAGGAAAGGAACUCUGAAUCCGUCGACAGUUAAUUUCCAGAGGGAGUCUCUAGGCGUGUGAAAUCAUUUUUCAAGAUACUUGGAAAGCUGAAGAGGUUUUCGGAAUGCUGAUAUGAUUUUCGGAAGCUGAAAAUAGUCUCAGAUAUAAGAAUACAUUUUCCACGAAAUGCUGGGAGUUUCUCAUUUGUGCUCUUUUGUAGACUCUCAUUAGUUUAACCAGUCAUCUGUCGUGACUUAACUUCAUCCUCUAGAAAUGACUAAACAUAGAUUUUUAUUUUGUAAAUCAGAACAUAUUUGUAGUUAUUUAUUUGCUGGCGGCAAAAUACUAGGGUUCACCUUAGUUGUUUUGAAAUAUUUAUUACUUAGAGUUAAUGUUAAGAUUGUCAUUUUUGCCGUGGCUUUGGGAGCUUUGUAUUAAAUUACAUUUGAAACCAUUUCCCAUUUAGUCAAUAAUUUUUGUGGGUUUAUUUUACACUUUACCACGCGUAAAUUUCUUGAACUUCAUUUUCCAAUUGAGUUAUUUCCCAUUCUAUCCAAUUUGAAACUUAAUUCAUUCAAAACACCAGCUGUUAGUUUGUCACCUUUGUACUUCAUGUUUGACCAGAGGCAGUUUGUGUACAUUUGUUGAUAAUUCGUCUGGAAUGGAGCCCUUUCUGAAUACGAACAUACUUGUGAUAUAAUAUUUGGACCCAGCCAGAUAAAUAGAUUUCUAAAGUUUUUCUUAAAUUAUCGUUUGAAUUUAAUUGAAUUGUGAAAAAAAAAUAAAUG